CGAGCAUGCGCUUUGCCGCCUGCGGUGUUGCUUUGCUUUGGCAUUGACUGAGGCGGCGGCGGCGCGCGGGCGCUCGCCAUGGAGUCCUACGAUGUGAUCGCGAACCAGCCGGUGGUGAUUGAUAACGGCUCUGGCAUGAUUAAAGCUGGCUUUGCAGGUGAUCAGAUACCCAAGUACUGCUUUCCAAACUACGUGGGCAGACCAAAGCAUGUUCGGGUUAUGGCUGGAGCUUUGGAAGGUGACAUUUUCAUUGGACCAAAAGCAGAGGAGCACAGAGGCCUUCUUUCCAUCCGCUACCCUAUGGAGCACGGCAUAGUGAAGGACUGGAAUGACAUGGAACGCAUUUGGCAAUACGUGUACUCAAAAGACCAGCUCCAGACCUUCUCUGAAGAGCAUCCCGUACUCCUGACGGAGGCUCCCCUGAACCCACGCAAGAACCGUGAAAGAGCAGCUGAGGUUUUCUUUGAAACCUUUAAUGUGCCAGCCCUGUUCAUCUCCAUGCAAGCUGUGCUUAGCCUUUAUGCGACAGGGCGAACUACGGGAGUGGUGUUGGACUCUGGGGAUGGGGUCACCCACGCGGUUCCUAUUUAUGAAGGCUUUGCCAUGCCCCAUUCCAUUAUGCGGAUUGACAUAGCCGGCCGUGAUGUCUCUCGUUUCCUUCGUCUUUAUCUCCGGAAGGAAGGCUACGACUUCCACACGUCAUCUGAAUUUGAAAUCGUCAAAACCAUCAAAGAGCGGGCCUGUUACCUGUCAAUAAACCCACAGAAGGAUGAGACAUUAGAAACCGAGAAAGCUCAGUACUACCUUCCAGAUGGAAGCACCAUUGAGAUUGGCCCUGCCCGAUUCCGAGCCCCUGAGUUGUUGUUCCGGCCAGAUCUGAUUGGGGAGGAGUGUGAGGGGCUGCACGAAGUCCUGGUUUUUGCCAUUCAGAAGUCGGAUAUGGACUUGAGGCGGACACUCUUCUCCAACAUUGUCCUCUCUGGAGGCUCAACACUCUUCAAAGGUUUUGGCGAUAGGCUUCUGAGCGAAGUGAAGAAACUGGCCCCCAAGGAUGUCAAAAUCAGGAUAUCUGCUCCUCAAGAGAGAUUAUAUUCCACAUGGAUUGGAGGCUCCAUCUUGGCUUCACUGGACACAUUUAAGAAAAUGUGGGUUUCGAAGAAAGAAUACGAGGAAGAUAGUUCCCGGGCAAUCCAUCGAAAAACCUUCUAGCCUGGCAGCAUUCUGGGGUCUCCUUGGAGCGUCGUUCCUGUUCGCAGCUCACUUUCCUGAGUCAGUGUCUGAGGAGCUCCCCGCUGGUGUGUAUGUGUAUGGGUAGAUGAGUGCCAGCAUGCCCUGGACUUUCCCGAGGGAAGGGAAGGCUGGGGUUUCGGCUUGACUUUUGAUUGGUUUUGCAGGUGGCAAGUGAGAAAUUGGAAUGAACCUGUGGGCAAGCUCUGUUCCCUUUUCAGCUGGCCCAUAGACUUUGUUUUGGGGGUGGGGAGGGGAGUACAUUUGUGUUGCAGAAGAUGGCAAGUAUGGCUGUGGAGCUGAGCAACUUAGCAGGAUGAAAAUGAGAGUGCGGCAAAGCGGCCAGUGCAUAGGGCUCCCAAUGACUGGUGGAAGAACACGGGCCACGUUGAAGGUCCGUCAUGGAACUCUGAGCACAGCAACUGACUACGAUCUAGUUCCUCUCAGUUGCUCAGCAGUCGUUUUUUAGAUGGCCAGUUCAUCGCCUCCCCCCCUCUACUUUUAGAAUUCUCUUGCACACAAAAGAGGAUAAGCACAUUCCAAGCUGUUACAAACCCAUUUACGGCAGUGUGUGUGUGUGUGUGUGUGAGAGAGAGAGGGGGGGGGGAAUCUGUAGUAUGGUGUGUGAGAAUCUGGACCACAGCAGGAUGGUUGGAGCAGUUAAUUUUAGGAACUAGUUUGUAAUGCAUGGUGUAGAGCAGAAACACCCUUCCCUUUUUACGCUAGACAGUCCUUCCAUUGGCAUCUGGUGAUGAGACAGUCGUCUGUCAUGCAGCCAAGUGCCCAGGGCCACUCUGCAAUGUGGCCUCAUUCUCUCUUCCUUCUGCCAAGCCCCUCCCCUGCCUCAUGUGUGUUCUCACGGUUUACAGUGUUCAUUCUUUCCAAAAGGCCGAGGCUUUAUGCCCAUGUCACAAUCCCCGCACAAAGGGGCUAUUCAGCCAUGCUUGCUGGGAAGCCCCGUAAUUGCUCUUAGAAUUUAUUUAUUGAAAGCUUUUGAUGGUAACUGAUCUACUAACUGGGCCCAAAGUUAGUUUCCCCCAUUUUUAUCUGUCCUACUAUCUACUACACGUCCUGUUUUAACAUGUGCACCGGCACUGGGAAUACCAUACUUGCUUAGUAGCGUUGGGUCAGUCCUGCAACUAUCCCUGCUCCUUAGAGUACCCUGUUACUUUUGGAGUGGCUGUUUCCAUGAAUGCACCGCAGGAUGAAACAACAAACUCAGUUAGAACACUAGGAGUUGAGUAAGAGGCCUCCAGAGGGAGGCUGUCAUCCCAGAGUUAAUUGUCCUUUGACUGCUUCAGUACUGCUACAGAAAUGGAAUGGAAAAAUCAUCUGCUUUGAAUCGAAUUUUUUAUUCUUUUUUAAAAUAUACACAUUUGGUGCUUCUUA